AUGCCAGAAAACGGUGACGGUUCCCUUUUGAAAGGUAGAAAGUCCCAAAAUGUCCAUUAUAUGUCUAUACCCAUCAACAGGGUUUCAGAGGGCGAAUACUCCGAUGAACAAUCCCAUGGCGAUAGCUUCCACAGAAGAAACCUUUUCGAUCAACCACUAGGGUCUUUUAAAGGGGUCAACUCUUUGGGCAGAUUUGCCUCCUCUUUGAGAAGAGCCAACUCCUUCAUGAAUAUUGACGUUGGUUCUGACAAAGAAAGAACGUACUUCAAAGAUGGUCAGGAUGCAUUGUUUGACCCUUACACUCUGGCUCCGGCUGCAGACGGUAGGAGGUUGUCUCAUGCAGUCAUACGCCGCGGGGACAUUUCUGUCCGGCCCUCAAUGGGUGACUUGUAUGAUGAGGGCGCCCUGUAUGAUGAACCAGAGAGCAUCAUAGCGCCUGAAAUUACCGAACAGGCGGGCUCCAGACGGCCCACCUUGAGUUUUCAAGAUCUAGAGCGGACCACAGAUCCUGAUACCCAUUCGAUCAUGCUUAAACAGGUGGAAACAAAAGACGGCAAAGUCGUGACACUGUUGGCAGGACAAUCCACCGGACCUCAAACAGUCUUCAACUCUGUAAACAUUUUGAUCGGUAUUGGCCUGUUUGCGUUGCCCCUGGGCCUAAGAUAUGCAGGCCUUGUUCUGGGCAUCCCCCUCCUGGCAACUUUUGCCUUUGCGACAUUCCAUACCGCUGAGCUGCUCUCGCGCUGCCAAGAUGUGGACCCAACUAUGAUUUCCUAUGGGGAUCUAGCCUAUGCUGCUUUCGGCUCGAAAGGUAGGGCUUUUAUCUCCUUUCUAUUCACCCUAGAUCUCUUGGGUUCGGGCGUGGCGCUGAUGAUUAUCUUUGGAGAUUCCCUGAAUGCUUUGUUUCCCAAAUAUUCGGUAACGUUCUUUAAGGUGCUCGCCUUCUUCGCUAUAACACCUCAAGCAUUCGUACCUCUGAGUGUUCUUUCAAACUUCUCCCUCGUUGGGAUCGUUUCCACACUGGGAACCGUUGUCUGCAUUGCUUUCUGCGGUUUAUACAAAACAACUGCCCCUGGGUCAUUGUUGGAGACCAUGUCUCCUCCGUUAUGGCCAGAAAAUAUGACCAACUUUUGUCUAUCCAUCGGGCUGUUGAGUGCUUGCUGGGGUGGCCAUGCGGUCUUCCCCAAUUUAAAAAGUGACAUGAGACAUCCCGCGAAGUACAAGAAAUGUUUGAUAACCACAUACUCGAUCACUGCUACGGCGGAUAUCUCGACAGCAUUGCUGGGGAUUUUCAUGUUUGGGAUGGGUGUCAAAGACGAGGUCACCAAAAGUUUGCAGUUGACAGAGGGAUACCCACGCUUCAUCUACGUGCUAAUAUCCAUUCUCAUGACACUUAUACCUGUCGCAAAAGCACCACUCAACGCUCGCCCAAUCAACUCUGUGCUUGACGUCAUGAUGCGGGUCAGUACCUCCCAGACUAACGCCCACGGAGGGGUCCCACGGUCCAAUCGCAUCAUUUCUUCUCUGAAUGGACUGCUAAUCAAUUUUUUCAUGGUCGCGAUCAGUAUCAUAUUCCCAGACUUCGACAAAUUCAUCGCAUUUCUAGGAGCAGGACUCUGCUUUGCCAUCUGCUCUAUUUUGCCGUGCAUCUUUUAUAUGUCGAUUUGUUCAGACACCAUCAAACCAUGGGAGAAAGUGUCUUGCAUCGUCAUCAUCAUAAUCAGUACCGUUCUAUCUGUUAUGGGUGUUGGAGCAGCCAUUCUAGCCUGA